AUGGUUAAUGAAGACCAUUCAUCUAGUAGUAAUUUAUCAACCACGAUUUCUUCAAAUCCUCAUCCAUUGCAUGUUGCAAGAAAAGUUAGCUUUUCUGAUCUACCUUUAGUGAUUAAUGUUGAAGAGCGUCAACUAGAUGGCUUACAUCAAUCUUGUAUCACUACUGAGGACAAAGGUAUCUACGGUGAAGACGAUGAUUCCGGUCAUCAUAUUGAAGUCCGCCUAUUGAGUCGUGAUAUCGAUGAAAUGCCGACCUUGCCAUCAGAAUUGAAAGAUAAACCUGUAUUUGAAAUAAAACUUGGAAUGCUUAAACAAGCGACAGUUUAUCGGACAGAAUUUACAAUACCGGAUAAUUUGAAGUCAGGUGAAUUGGAAAUUCUACGAACUGUUACAGAAAUGGAUGGUCAUGUUGGUGUACCAGUUAAUGUCGGUGCUUCAUUUAAUUUACUAAGCUGUGAAUCUGUUCCUUCACCUGGUCACGGUCAUAUAAUAAUUAUGGAGAUUUCAACUACAAAACAACCACGUGUCAAUGAGUUAAUCACAUUACGUCGAGUCGAAACAAUAACAGAUGCUGUUUGUCUACUUUUGCAUGGUAUUUCUUUAGGUAAGUUGGAUUAAUUCACUUUUUUUCACUCUUUCACUUAUACACUCUUUAAAAAUAUCUAAAUUUAUUCGUUCAGUGGUUAUUAUGUAAAGUGAGUAAUGUGAAGAAAAUUUUUAUUGUUAAAUUGCAUCAAUUAGAAAACUGUUUAGUUUGAUUAUGCGGUCAAUUAUUCUUGGACACUUCACUCCUGUCGACCGGUUUUCAAAUCAAAACACUACUUGAACAUAACGUAAAUAUAUUCCAAAGCAAAACAGCAAGUGACAGAACCUCAAUGCGUGUCUAAACUGUGCGCAGGAGUAUUCCAGAAUCUCAGCCCUUAAACAAUAUUGUUAUUUGGUGCAUUUUAUAUCACUCACGAAUUUGUUAACUUCAUUGGUCGAGAUCUUUUCCACAUUGUAAAGCUGUGGGUCAUAAAGAUGGGUCUUGUCAGAAAAAAGCCGAGCAGCUCCAGAAGCACCAGGAAGCCUAUCCCUAAAUCCUGUACAAAUUCGUUGAGUCUAGUAGCAACCUGUCAGAACUAAACCCCAGGUGAGAGGAAGUUUAUUACCCUUAAUAUUAAUGAGCAUCUGUUUAGAUUGCAAAUAGACACUGCAUCUGACGUGACAAUUCUCUCACGAAAAUCUUGGAUCAGAAUGGGCAAACCACGCACGGUGUCAACAACACAAAAACCUCGUACUGCAUGAAGUAAUCACCUACGUUUAUUGGGACAACUAGAUUGUAAAGUGUCUUUUCACGAUUCGACGUUCAUCGGGAUUGGUUCGACUAGCUAAAAUUAGCUGAUGUCCUGUUAAAUACCAUAUGCCACCUGGUAUUACAUCCACAUGAUCCUGAAGCGUAUACGAGGAAACUAGUGACUCAGUGUUCAUCUAUUUUUCAACCUGAAUCGAGUCGGUGUUCUGUCAUGAAUGCAACGCUUCGGUUGAAAACUGGAGCUAAGCCUGUUUUCCGCCCAAAAAGACCCGUGCCUCACGCAACAUCACCAACAGUAGAUGAAGAAUCGAAUCGCCUUCAACAACAAGAAGUUAUUACACCCGUUGGGCAGCACCUAUAGUUGUUAUCAAGAAGGCCAACGGCACGAUACGUAUAUAUGCUGACUUUUCUACAGGUCUCAAUGCAGCUCUGGAACAGCAUCAUUAUCCUCUGCCAGUUCCCGCAGAUCUGUUUACUAUUCUGAAUGGAGGAAAGUUUUUCACAAAACUGGAUCUAGCUGAUGCUUACAUGCAAAUGGAAGUAGAUAAAGCAUCAAGAAAGCUGCUUACUAUCAAUACUCAUCGUGGAUUGUUUCAGUAUAACGGUCUGCCUUUUGGAGUCAUGACUGCCCCCUCUAUCUUCCAGCAACUGAUGGAUACCAUCCUAUCAAGUAUUUCAGGGGUUGAAGUUUAUCUCGAUGACAUUUUAAUUGUUGCGACGACAUUAGAACAGCUACAGGAACGCACGACAAUGAUACUGCAACUCAUCACAGACAACGGGUUCUGGUUACUCUCAGACAAAUACCAGUUUUUAUUGCAGUUAGUAAAGUAUUUGUUGUUCGAUUUUGAUGCUGACGGCCUCAGAUCAAAUCCUGAGGAUAUUCGAGCUAUCAAACUGAUCCUCACUCCCACUAAUGUCUCGGCACUACGUUCCUUCAUGGGACUUGUUACCUAUUAUGCAGCGUUAGUUCCUUCGAUGCAUGAUAUUCGCGCCUCAUUGAAUUGUUUGCUGAAGAAGGACUGCACUUGGAACUGGACUAAAGAGUAUGAUGCGGCGUUUUGUAAACUCAAGUAGAUAAUUAGCUCGGAAUUGUUGUUAACGCACUACAAUCCAUCUAUGCCAAUCAUCGUAGCUGCAGACGCUUCAGCGUAUGACCUAGGUGCUGUUAUUUCAGACCAGUUUCCAGACGCGUCAGAAAAAGCUGUUAUGCAUGCAUCCCGUACACUAACCCCGGCAGAAAAGAAAUACAGUCAGAUAGAAAGAGGCUCUUGCACUUGUGUUUGCUGUCCGACGUUUCCACAAGUUUCUGUACGGUGGGAGAUUUACGCUUCUCACAGAUCACAAGCCUCUGCUCGCAAUAUUCGGGUCGAAAUCUGGAAUUCCAGCCCAUUCUGCAAAUCGUCUUCAACGAUGGGCUUUGGUACUCUUGGGGUAUGAUUUCGAGAUCUAAUACCGACACACUCAACAAUUCGGUCAGGCAGAUGCUUUGUCAUGACUCAUUAAUGAUCAAUUGGCGACUGAGGAAAACAUGGUAAUCGCAUCUCUGUCAGGGGGAGACCACGCGGAAUGUUAUCUGACAACUUCAAUACGGGCAUUGCCGAUGUCUGCAACGGACAUACGAAGCGCUUCCAGGAACGACCCCAUCAUCAAGAUGGCGAUGAGCUAUGUCACCAACGGUUGGCCGUCUAGGAAGUUGGAUGGUGACAUGAAACAACUGUAUCAGCGGCGGGAUUCAUUAUGCAUUGUAAACAACUGCUUGAUGUUUGGAGAAGGAGUGGUUGUGCCGGAGCCCCUUUGCGCAAAAGUGCUGAAACAGUUCCACCUUGGUCAUUCAGGGUUUAGACGAAUGAAAUCCAUAGCCAGGAGUUAUGCAUGCUGGCUCCUAAUGGAUCAACAUAUCACUGAGUUGGUUGGAAAAUGCGUUCGGUGCCAGCAAGCAGCAAAGGUGAAUGCCAAAGUCCCGCCAGUUCCAUGGCCACAACCUAAUCAUCCUUAGUCCAGGAUACACGUCGACUUCGCGGGCCCAAUUAAUGGGACUGUCUAUUUAGUUGUGGUCGAUGCCUUUUCAAAAUGGUCAGAAAUCAGUCUUGUAAUGCCGCCCACUUCAACUAAAACAAUACAGCUCCUCACUGAAAUUUUCUCCCGAAAUGGCAUACCAGAUGUGAUUGUAUCUGACAACGGGUCGCAAUUUACCUGUAGCCAGUCCCAAGCUUUCUGUCAACGGCUUGCCAUCAAGCACUUAAGUUCGCCACCAUACCAUCCGCAGUCGAAUAGGCAAGCGGAAAGGUUUGUGUAUACGUUUAAAAAAGCAUUGGUUAGGGCAAAGGGGGAGGGGACACCAGCCGACGCGUUACAAAAUUUCUUGUUCGUUUAUCGGACAACACUGAAUGAGACAGUACCAAAGCGAAAGUCCCCAGUAGAAAUCCUGAUGGGCAGAGGACUGAAAACCAUCCACAAUCUAAUGCAUCCGAGUAAUGCAUCCACACUAGUACAGACAAAGUCCGAAAAGCAAUCCACGUACGAAGUGGGAUGUCCUGUGUUUGCCCGUGACUACAGAGCAACCCAUGUUCCAUGAACGGAAGCGCGAGUGGUCAGAAGAGUAGGCCGUGUCAUGUACGUGAUAGGGGUAGGAAUAGACAAGUGGGAAAUACGACAUGAAGGUGAAAAGAACGCUUUUGGCUCGAAAACAAAGAAAUUUAAAUUUCCAAGUGAGUUCUAGGGAUCUAACGUCCUCAACACACAUAAAAGUAUAUAGAUCCAUCUGAUUAUUAGUCGUUAGUGUAGGCAUAGCAUUACUUCUGGCAUUGAGUUUGCCUAUGAAGAGAUCAUUUUUAGUUUGAAAAUGUACAUUUGAUAUAUGACGACUGGCUAUGAAUUAUAGAACAGUUACUUGCUUACGCCUGUUACUAUUCGAGGAGGAGCAUAUGACGCCCACCAGGAUUCGCCAUCGAAAUCCGUCCUGGACAAUCCUUUCCAUUUGCCAAGUACAGGUUUACAUAAUAACUUUUGAUUCCUAUUUAAAGGAUGAAGGCUAGAAAUACUACAAUUUUUUAUUUCAUUUAUUUUAACACAUAGAUAUUGG